CUGAUCUGUGGUAUCUUACAGACACAUUGCAGAUGGAGACGACGGAGCAGAAAGAACUGCGUCGUGGUUGCUUUCUUCGCCAUCGUCGUCAGUACAGUGGCGGUGAUUGCCGCUGUCGUCACUCUACCCAUGCUCUACAGCUACGUCGCAAAUUUCCAGUCUCAUCUCAUUAUCGAGACCGACUUUUGCAAGACGCGAGCCAGAGAUAUGUGGGCCGAGAUUCAUCAUAUUGAUGGACCAGAGUUCAUGCGUGCUAAACGGCAGUACGGCUCCUCUCCCAAUCCACCUCUUGCCAAUCCAACUGGCAGUUAUGGACAACCUAUUGUCAAUCCCGAGCCGGCCCCAACUUGUUGCCCUUGCCAGCAGGGACCAGUUGGACCACCAGGACCACCUGGAGACGACGGUGAAGACGGUGAGGAUGGAGCUCGUGGCAAUGAUGCCCCCAGUGGAAAGGAUGGAAGCAUGCUCGAAUCGGCUAUCAGCAAUGAUGCCUGUAUAAUCUGCCCUCCUGGUCCACCGGGACCCCAAGGUAUGGCAGGUGGUAAGGGGCCACAAGGACCAAAAGGAGCACCUGGAGAAAAUGGCGAAGACGGCAAACCAGGACUGCCCGGAAUGCAAGGUCCGAUGGGUAUGAUGGGAAUGCCGGGAAGACAAGGUGUAGCAGGACCAAAAGGUGCACCUGGAAGGAUUGUACAGGUCAAUGGCCCAGCCGGACCAACAGGACACAAAGGACCCCGUGGACCACCAGGGCCGCGUGGAGAAGCCGGACUUGAUGGAGGAAACAUUGAAGGACCGCCAGGUCCUCCCGGACCUGCAGGGCGUUCGGGUCCUCCUGGACAGCCUGGACCACAAGGACCACAGGGAGUGCAAGGAUCAGCUGGCGAGCCAGGAAGUUGCGAGCACUGUCCUAUUCCACGCACACCACCUGGUUACUAG